AUGAAGGAUCUUCUAUCUCUGUUAAUAUUGAUGAAGAUUAUUCCAAGACUUCCUGCAAAGGAGGUUAUACGGUGCAAGGCUAUAUCUAAAGAGUGGUUAGCCUAUCUUUCAACUCCUGAGUUUGCUAAGAAUAAUUGUCGUUUCUUGCGAGUAUUAGGUGACCAGAAAAUAAUUGCUCUUGACAAAUCUUCGUGUGCAAUUCGUUAUGUUGAUGUUGCAUCUCCUAGAUGUGUUUUAGGCAAUAAUCUUCACAUUCCCUUCGAUUGUCAUCCAUGUAAUGUGAUCUUUUUAGCAAGUUUGGAUGGCAUGGUAUGUGUUUGCCUAUGUAAUACUGGUGAAUUGGUUGUUUGGAAUCCACUAACUCGUGUGUUCAAGAUGCUGAGAAAUUCUAAUUAUCAGGGAUUUUACAAUAUGGAUGAUGAUAGUCUUGGGUUUUGUUUUGACUCUGCUGGUGAUUACAAAAUUGUGCACAUUAAACGCACUCAUUUCAGGCUGACUGUUAACAUUUAUUCGUUUAGUGAAGGUUCAUGGUUAACUCCAAGGUUCUUAAUUUAUAGUCCAUAUGAUAUUGCUGUUUAUAGUUGGUCCGUUGGGACGUUUUGUAGGAAUAGUUUGUAUUUUGUACUGACCAAAUUCUGGUGUAUGGGUAACACAUCGGUUCUUCGUUUGGAUGUUGAGUCGAAUGUAAUAGAAAAUGUAGGUUACCCAGAUACAUUGAGUGUGGAAUUUAUAGGUCAGUUGGUGACUAUACGAGAUGAACUUCAUAUGUUGGUUAGUAUUGGAAUGUGUAGUGUAGUGUAG